GGACCGCCGAUCAACCUAAUUUAGUAUUUCAAUCCCACGCAAGCAUAAGAUUGGGGAUCACCGCGUGCGUUCUGCACCCUCAGAACACAGCACUCGCUUCACGCUCAUACGAUGGCCAGCGGGCUCACCGGGGAACUGCGUCCAGCAGCUUGUUGCUGUUCUUGUCCGUUUUCUCAAGAGUACGGGCCAAAGUGGAACGGUGGACGUCUGCCUCAGCAGGCACUUUACCGGGCUCUACAUCGAGCUCGCGCCAUGUCGUUGCCUCUAUGUUUCCAUUGUUCAUAGCGGGAGUCGAGCUGGACAAGCAGAAGGACAAUUUCUAGGACUCUCGACUUCUGGGAAUGACGAAUGCGCUGGUCCAUGCGCAAAGAAUGUUGGCCCCCGGUACAAAAUCCACGUCAGUGCUCAAACCUUGAAGCAGGCCGGCGGUCAUGACUGCUCUCC